UGACAUCUGUGCCCAGUGGGAGGGGUUAGAGGGAGAGAGUUAACGUGAAAUAGGAAGGAAAGAGAAAGACAGUGAGUGUGUAUUUGCUGAGGCAGAAGUGAUCACUUCCUCACCAUGCUAGGAGUGAGCCUCGGUCUGUUCCUCCUGCCCCUCUGUGCCAUGUCGAUGCUCUCGGGGUGGGUGGAGUCUCCAAACUAUCCCCGUGGUUACCCACCUGAUGCCAGUCUGAACUGGAGCAGGUGUGCCCCUCACGGCCACACCCUCGCCCUCAGGCUGACACACCUGGACAUGGAGGACAGUCACGGCUGUGAGAACGACGCCCUGGAGAUCUUUGCAGAUGGAAAGCAGGUAGCCCUUCAAUGUGGUGAAAUGUCGUUUGAGGACCUUGAUUCUACCGUCAAUCCCUCACUCCUUUCCUCCGUGGAGGGCUGCCUCUCUCUCUCGUUCCGCUCUGACUACUCCAACACCAAGAGACACACUGGCUUCAGAGGGUUCUACAUGCUGCAAGACUUUGAUGAGUGUGAGGAGGACCCAGAUAACGGGUGUACCCAGUUCUGCCACAACUACAUUGGAGGAUACCUCUGCUCCUGUCGCCUUGGUUACCACCUGGACACAGACGGACACACCUGCACAGUGAGUUGCACUGAGGACCUGUCCGGCUCGCUGCGUGGUGUGAUAUCCAGUCCCUCUUGGCCCGGCCCGUAUGCUGAGCAUGCCCACUGCUCCUACAUCCUGUCAGUAGAGGACAACCUGGAACUGCUUCUACACUUCACUGGGGAGUUUGAUGUGGAGCAGGGGCCAGACGGACAGUGUGUGGACACACUCAUGGUUGAGACUUCCUCUGGGACUCAGGGGCCAUUCUGUGGCCGUGUGCCUCCCCCCCCCCCCCUCCGCACUGGGUCACACCACACCCGCAUUCUCUUCAACUCUGACGGACAGGGCUCCAACAAUGGCUUCACUAUCCACUACAGAACCACAACAAAGACCUGCCGAGGGAUUGUGACCUCCAACUCCACCCUGGCCCCACAGCAACCUGAAUAUCACCAAGGUGACACAGUCACGGUGACCUGUGACCUAGGCAGUGUUCUGAACACAGGUGACAAAGAGUAUGAGUCGACAUGCCAGAGGACAGGCGAGUGGAGUCCUGUGUACCGCUGUGAACCUGUGGAUUGUGGAGAACCAGACACGUCUAGUGAUGAGGCCCUUGAACUGGUGGACAAGGAUCCAAGUACUCUGUUUCAUGAUGAGGUCCAGUUCAAGUGUGAAUCUAAAUACUACACACUGGAGGGAGACGAGAAGUACAUCUGUGAUGCCAGUGGUGCGUGGACAUCGGUCAAGGGCCAAGAAAAGUUACCAAAGUGCAUCGAAGUGUGUGGGAAGACAGAAACAGAUAUUUACAGCUUUGGAAAAAUUUUGGGGGGCAAACCGGCGAAGAUGGGAGAGAUACCCUGGCAGCUUCUCACUAAACAGCCCAAAAGAGGAGGAGCAUCCCUGAUCAAUGACCGGUGGGCCAUCACAGCAGCUCAUGUAGUGGAUGGCUACGAAGAAAGCACGCUUACAUUUUUCGGGGGGCUGAUAGAUGGGAAAAAAGCACAAGAAACUGAUCCUGAUGUGGUUGUCAUGGUAACGGAGAAGAUUAUCAUUCACCCUGACUACAAAAAGGGCAUACCUGGUAAUGAACGCACUAACUACGACAACGAUAUAGCUCUCAUCAGAAUGUCUUCCAGGGUGAAGUUAGGGCCCAAUGUUCUCCCCAUAUGCCUGCCUGAGGCUGAUGGAGGAUUCAAAGAGUUUCAGCACGGCACUGUUUCAGGGUGGGGUGGGACAGAGAAUAAAAAUAAAACCAGCAUUUUGGCUAAAAGCAAAUUCUUGCUUUACACAUCUGUGGGAAGAUACCCCCAAACUAAUUGUGAGGAAACACCUUUGUUGUCUAUUAACAAGCCAAUGGUUUUCACUGAGAACAUGUUCUGUGCAGGGGGUGAUGGGUUAGAUAGCUGCAAGGGGGAUAGUGGGGGUCCAUUAUUUCUCCCUAAGCUGGGAUCAGGGAACAAGGACAACAGAGGGCCAUAUCAUCUGAGAGGCAUUGUGUCCUGGGGUUCCCUUUGUGAACUGGGAAAGGAAUCUAAAAAGGGCUACUACACCAAAGUGGAGAAUUACUUAGACUGGAUCAAGAUGACAAUAGAGAGAGAAGAGCAGGGGCUGCUGGGUGUGUCUGUGUGUGAGUUUUGGGUUCCAGUCUCUUCUGCAGUGAUUGGCUGUGGGGAACCUGAACCGUUGCCGAAUGGAAGGGUGACGUUCAUAUCUGGCUCUCAGAACCAGCACCUCUCAGUCAUUCAGUACCAAUGCAAUGCGCAGUUCUACAGUCUUCCUGAAGGACAUAACGGAAACUUUACAUGCUCAUCAGACGGAAAAUGGAAAGACCGCCUGAACAGCUCACUGAUUCCUCAAUGUAUCCCAGUGUGUGGUUGUCCUACAGUGAAACUUUCAGGAUUUGGAAGGAUUUUGGGGGGAAAGCCAGCUCCAGCUGGGUCCUUCCCCUGGCAGGUGUUGUUGACAGGUAAUGGUAGAGGAGGAGGGAUAGUGGUCGGGGACCGCUGGAUCAUGACUGCAGCACAUGUCCUGGAUCUAUCUCCCAGGGAAUUUCCUAGGGUAUAUGUUGGACACAACAAUGUGGAAAAGCUCAUCCAGUCUCCACCUCUUGAGGUCGCCUCUCUCCAUAUUCACCCUGAUUACAACAAUAUAGGUGAUGUAAACUACGACCAUGACAUCGCCCUGAUCCAUCUCAAACAUCCAAUCACAUUCAAUGCUCAUAUCAUGCCACUGUGUCUGCCAGCAAAGGACGCUAAAUAUCCGACUGGGCAGAAUGGCUUAAUUUCAGGAUUUGGCAACAAAGAGCGUGAUAUGGCUACCAAUAACCUCAUGUAUGUUCCUCUACCUGUGGUGAACCAGACAAUCUGUAGAAAAUCUAUUGAGAAGGUGAAAAAUGAAAGAAAUCUCAGUCUAACAGACAACAUGCUCUGUGCUGGGAAUUCUGAGGGAGGCAAGGACUCCUGUACGGGAGACAGUGGAGGAGCGUACAUCCUGAAGGAGGGUGAUUAUUUCUGGGCAGCAGGGAUCGUCAGCUGGGGGAUUAACUGUGGAGAGCCUGGACAAUAUGGGGUCUACACCCGUGUGGCUAACUACGUAGACUGGAUCAAGAAGACCGUAGAGGAGGAAGAGCAAAAAACAAUCUGUGGAAGACCCAUGGUGUCCAUAGAAAUACACCAAAGGAUUAUGGGAGGAGAGAUAGCUCCAAAAGGAACAUUUCCCUGGCAGAUGCUUCUCAGUGUGGAAGGAGGCCGAUCAGGAGGGAUGGUCAUCGGGGACAGGUGGAUCCUGACUGCUGCUCAUGGCCUGGUGCAUCAACAUAACAACCAAGUCAUCAAGAAGAGUGAAGUUAUGGCAUACGUUGGCGACAACAAUGUGGAAAACCUCCUUCAGUCGCCACCUCUUGAAGUGGCCUCUCUCCAUCCUCACCCUGGGUACAGUAACACAGACGGUUUAUCCUUCAACCACGACAUUGCCUUGAUCAAGCUUCAACACCCACUCACAUUCAGUAGUUCCAUCAUGCGAGUGUGUCUGCCUGCAAAGGGUGCUGAAUACUCCACUGGAAGAGUUGGCUGGGUUUCAGGGUUUGGCCUCAAAGAUGAUGAUGAAAAGCCCAGUAACCUCAGAUAUGUCCGGAUUCCCCUGGUGGACCAGGUGAAGUGCAGAAGCUCUAUUGAUGAGGUGAGGAAGAAGAAGAGAGAAGCCCCUGAUUUGACAGACAGCAUGUUCUGUGCCGGGUUACCAGAGGGUGGAAAGGACACCUGUGCAGGGGAUGGUGGAGGGCCGUAUGUCCUGAAGUAUGGGGGAGUUUUCUGGGCAGCAGGGAUCGCCAGCUGGGGAAUUGACUGUGGAGAACCAGGCCAAUAUGGGGUCUACACCCGUGUAGCUAACUAUGUAGAAUGGAUCGAGAAGACUAUGGAGGAGAAUCGAAAUUAGGGCUGUAUAAAUUAUGCAAGAAAUGUUUGAGUUUGUCGAGGAUAGCAGCAAAUAUACAAUAUAAACACAAGAUGUGUUUUUUUAUUGAAUUAAGGGUUUUCUGUAACUGGAGCAUAUUAAAUACAUGUUAAGUCUG